AGCAAGCAAUUUUUGCAAAAAUCUCACAGGUUUUAAGUUUUGGUUGUGAGUACCUGAAACAAAAUAGAUAUAACAAAGAAUUAAAUACCAUCGAAAUGGAAACAAUAAAUUGGGAAAAUCAUUUUGAUUUAGGUUUCGCUGAAGAAUGCGAAUUACCAUGGCUGUUAUUAAAUAGACAUUUUCCUAGUAAAAUAGGCGGGAAACCCGCCUGGUUAGACUUAGAAAAUUUCCCCACAUAUAAUGAAAUGAAAUGCCCAGUAUGUAAAGAACCCAGAGUUCUUCUGUGCCAGAUUUAUUGCCCAAUAGAUGAGAAAGAAGAAUGCUUUCAUAGAACGAUUUUUGUUUUUGUAUGUAAAACAGAGUCUUGUUAUCAGGAAAAUUCAUCUGAGAAUAUUCUUGUGCUAAGAAGUCAGCUAAGGCGACAUAAUGAAUAUUAUCCAUAUGAACCACCAGACGAAAAUAUAGAAUUGCCUGAACUUAAUUGUUUUAAAAGUCUGUGUUCUGUAUGUGGUUGUCAUGGACCAUUGCUAUGUUCUCGUUGCAAGGGGAUCACUUAUUGCAGUAGCACUCAUCAAAGAGCUGAUUGGAAAUAUCACAAACAAAUCUGUCGAGGAGAAACAGCAUCAAGUACAAAUAAAACAACUAAACAUACCGUUUUUCCCGAACUCCAAAUGGUUAUUGAACCGGAAGAGUUAACCUUUGAUGAACCAGAACAGAGUGAAACUGAGGAAGAAGCCGAAAAACGUCGUUUAAGAGAAUAUGAAGAAUUACAAAAAUCUGGGAAAGUUGGAGAGUUUAAAGAUAUUUCUGAUGAAGAGUUAGCAAAAUAUGCUGGAUCGGAUAUACAAGAUAAACAAUUUAAAUUAUUUAAGAAAACUAUUCAAUCAGAACCUGAACAAGUUUUGCGUUAUCGCAGAAAAGGAAAACCACUUUGGAUAACAACAAAGGAACCAACUUUACAAGAUAUUAUUCCAAAUUGUGAAAGAUGUGAUAGUGAAAGAUGUUUUGAAUUUCAAAUUAUGCCACAAAUGUUAAAUUAUAUAAAAGAUGAUAACAUUGAUUGGGGAGUAAUUGCAGUUUAUACAUGUGUCAACAGUUGUUCAAUUAAAGGAUACGCUAAAGAAUUUUGUAUAAAACAGGACAUAAUAUCUAAGCCUAAUGAUUCUAUUACGAAAACAGAAUAAGGUAUUUAUUUUUCAGAUACCUUACCUUUAUUUUUUUUAAUUUUAAUUAUAUGACGUAUCAUUAAUUAAUACGAAUUAUAUAAAACAAUUAUUUUUAAGGAAAAGAAAAAUAAAACAGGUAUUUAUCGUAAUUUUAAUUGUAGU